AUGAAGAACUUCAUCACUCUCCGCGUCGCUACUUUUGCUCUCGGCGCAGCUGCUGCAACUACAUGGAACUACCGCCGCGCCAGUACCUGGAGCAACCCUGAUGGCGGUAAUACCAAAGCCGAUUUGGCUGACCACAAGGUCAACUACGGAAGCACUCCUCCCUGGGACGCUCUCGACCAGAUCAAGAAGCACUGUCUCUCCAACGGCUGCAGCAGCGAUAGCAACUUUGAGGUUGACACCAACGUUGUCAAGGACGACGAGCUUGUUGGUGCCAAGAUCAAGAUUGCCGUUGGCGGUUCCUUCAACGAUGCCGGUCAAGAGGGCAACCUUGACCAAUUGGUUGAGAUUGUGAAGAACGUUGCUGCUCACUCUCCCUACGAUGUCAAGAAGGGUGUUCCAUACCAGGUUGGCAACGGAUGCGUUCCCGGCGCUGCUGGUCCCAUCCCCUGCGAUCCCGGCAAGACUGAGCACGUUGAUCAGUACCACCUCACUGACAUGAUUGUCAUCCGUGUUGAAGGCAAGGAUGGUGAUCAGAAGGCUGACAUGAACGUGCACGUUACCAUUGAGGUUCCCGAUGUUGGCGGCGGUGUCUGUGACAACAUUACCAAGGUUGGCGGUGCCAUGGCUGGUGCCUUGAACGGUAUUCUGGGUGGCAUCUUUACUCUCGCAUCCAUCGGGUGCAAGUAG